ACAGUAUCUGCGUAGGGUGCCUUUCCGUUUCCGGCGUUGUCCAUGUGGGCUUGAGGAGGAAUGACGCUGUGAACCUGUGUAGGUUAGGGUUACUUGUGAAUUGGUGAAAAGCCACUAUGGAGACGAAGGACCAGAAGAAACACAGAAAGAAAAACAGUGGGCCUAAAGCUCAGAGAAAAAAGAAACGGCAUCUGCAGGAUCUCCAGCUUGGAGACGAGGAGGAUGCCCAGAAGAGAAACCCCAGAGCUUUUGCAGUCCAGUCUGCUGUGCGGAUGGCUCGAUCCUUCCACAGGACUCAGGAUUUGAAGACAAAAAAGCAUCACAUUCCAGUGGUUGAUCGAACUCCUCUAGAGCCCCCACCAAUAGUGGUGGUAGUAAUGGGGCCACCAAAAGUCGGAAAGAGCACUUUGAUCCAGUGCCUCAUUCGGAACUUCACCAGGCAGAAGCUGACGGAGAUCAGAGGCCCUGUAACGAUUGUGUCGGGUAAAAAGCGCAGACUUACCAUUAUUGAAUGUGGGUGCGACAUUAACAUGAUGAUUGAUCUGGCUAAAGUAGCAGAUUUGGUUCUGAUGCUUAUAGAUGCCAGCUUCGGGUUUGAAAUGGAAACAUUUGAGUUUCUAAACAUCUGUCAAGUACAUGGCUUUCCUAAAAUUAUGGGCGUUCUCACUCACCUAGAUUCCUUCAAGUAUAAUAAGCAACUGAAGAAGACAAAGAAGCGAUUAAAACACAGGUUCUGGACAGAAGUCUACCCGGGUGCCAAGCUGUUUUACCUUUCUGGAAUGGUACAUGGAGAAUAUCAAAACCAAGAAAUUCACAAUCUGGGCCGUUUUAUUACAGUUAUGAAGUUUAGACCUCUUACAUGGCAAACCUCUCACCCUUAUAUCCUGGCAGACAGGAUGGAAGAUUUGACAAACCCAGAAGAUAUCCGAACAAAUACCAAGUGCGAUCGAAGAGUGUCUUUUUAUGGUUAUUUAAGAGGAGCACACUUGAAAAAUAAAAGCCAGAUUCACAUGCCAGGUGUAGGAGAUUUUGCUGUGAGUGAUGUCAGUUUCCUUCCAGACCCCUGUGCCCUUCCUCAACAACAGAAGCAGCGCUGUUUAAAUGAAAAGGAGAAGCUGGUUUAUGCACCACUCUCUGGAGUCGGUGGUGUGCUGUAUGACAAAGAUGCUGUCUAUGUUGACCUUGGUGGCAGCCAUGGCUUCCAGGAAUCGGAUGAGGCUAGGCCCACUCAUGAACUGGUCCAGAGUCUCAUUUCCACCCAUUCCACUAUUGAUGCCAAGAUGGCUUCAAGUAGAGUGACACUUUUUUCUGAUUCCAAACCACUGGGGUCAGAGGAUAUAGAUAAUCAAGGGCUGUGGAUGCCAAAAGAGGAAAAGCAGGUGGAUUUGAAAACUGGUCGAGUACGUCGGAAAGCCAUUUUUGGAGAUGCAGAAGAUGAGUCUGGAGAUAGUGAUGUUGAAGAUGAUGAAGAAAUGUCUGAAGGUGACAGGCUGAAAAAUAGCUCUAGUGAUGAGGAAACAGAGGAGGAAGGAGAUGCUGAAAUUCCUGGUAAGGUGUGUGUGACUGGCAGCAGUGUCAAACGGCAGAGACUUGAGGAGGUGGAAGAAGACACUGAGGUGGAUUUCCCAGCGUUUGCUGACAGUGACGAUGACCUUGAGAGGAGCUCCGAGGAUGGAGGAGAAGCAGAGGAAGUUAAUGAAAGCAGUGAAGAAGAGGAAUCCAGUGUGGAAGGAGAGAGGGAUGUUUUAGAAGCUAAGGCUGUAGAAGGAGGCGGCAAAGCAGGUCUUUUACAAAGUAAUGGCUUGAGUGGCAGCUUGAAUGUGGAGAAGACAAUGAAACAAGCGACUGUCACUAUUUCCAAUUCAGGUCAUUGCACAGCUGAAGAGGUGUUUGUGUCUGAAUAUGAAUCUGAAGAAAGCUCCUCUUUCAAUACAGAGGAGGAGGAUUCAGAAAAUGAAGAGGUUGUUAGGAAAAAGUUUCCAAAGCCUUUUCCAGCAGUCAGUGAUCGGAAACUGGGGUCAGAGAACUUAAUUGAUGAGACCAGUGAUGUGGAAGACUUACUCAAAGAAGAAGAAGAUUACAAGGAAGAAAAUAAUUAUUCCACAGAAACUUCAGGUGCCCUCAAGUGGAAGGAAGACCUUUCCAGGAAGGCAGCUGAGGCCUUUCUGAGGCAGCAACAAGCAACUCCAAAUCUUCAGAAGCUCAUCUAUGGGACAGUGACAGAGGAUAAUGAAGAAAAUGGUGAUACCCGGGAAGAGCUUGGAGGGUUGUUUCGUGUCAGCCAGCCUGCCAAAGAGUGUAAGCACAAGGCUGACUUUUUGGACUGCUCCAGGUUUCACGUGGAGACGCCACAUGACUGGGAUUUAGAGGAGGUUAUGAACAGCAUCAGAGAUUGCUUCGUGACUGGGAAGUGGGAAGAGGAUAAAGAUGCAGCCAAGAUCUUAGCAGAAGAUGAUGAGCUCUAUGGAGACUUUGAAGACCUGGAAACAGGGGACGUGCACAAGGGAAAACCAGGCAUGGGCACUCAGGUUGAAGAUGUAGAGGAAGAAAUUAAGGAGGAAAUUGACCCAGAGGAAAGUGCCAAGAAAAAACAUUUGGAUAAGAAGAGAAAAUUGAAGGAGAUGUUUGAUGCAGAAUAUGAUGAAGGAGAAAGCACGUACUUUGAUGAUCUUAAAGGAGAAAUGCAGAAACAAGCACAGCUUAACCAGGCAGAGUUUGAAGAUCAAGAUGAUGAAGCCAGAGUUCAAUAUGAGGGCUUUCGACCUGGGAUGUAUGUCCGAAUUGAGAUAGAGAAUGUCCCUUGUGAAUUCGUGCUUAACUUUGACCCCCAUUACCCAAUUAUUGUGGGUGGUUUGGGCAGUAGUGAGGGCAACGUUGGAUAUGUACAGGUGCGUCUGAAGAAACAUCGUUGGUAUAAGAAAAUCCUCAAGUCCCGUGAUCCAAUCAUUUUUUCUGUAGGAUGGAGGAGGUUUCAGACUAUCCCACUCUAUUAUAUUGAAGACCACAAUGGAAGACAAAGGCUUCUAAAAUAUACCCCACAGCACAUGCAUUGUGGAGCAAACUUUUGGGGUCCUAUCACUCCACAAGGAACUGGGUUCUUGGCAGUACAGUCUGUCAGUGGCAUAAUGCCUGAUUUCCGGAUUGCUGCCACUGGAGUUGUCCUUGAUCUGGAUAAAUCCAUAAAAAUUGUGAAGAAAUUAAAGCUAACCGGUUUUCCAUAUAAAAUUUUCAAGAACACUUCAUUCAUUAAGGGAAUGUUUAAUUCUGCCUUAGAAGUGGCCAAAUUUGAAGGUGCCGUGAUUCGAACUGUCAGUGGAAUCAGGGGACAGAUUAAGAAGGCACUUCGGACUCCAGAAGGAGCUUUCCGGGCCAGCUUUGAGGAUAAGUUGCUGAUGAGCGACAUUGUCUUCAUGAGAACUUGGUAUCCUGUCUCUAUUCCUGCCUUCUAUAACCCAGUAACAUCUUUGUUGAAACCAGUUGGUGGGAAAGACACGUGGUCUGGAAUGAGGACAACUGGUCAGCUCCGGCUUGCCCAUGGCGUCCGACUGAAGCCCAACAAGGACUCUGUUUACAAGCCGAUUGUGAGGCAAAGGAAGCACUUUAAUUCACUGCACAUUCCGAAAGCCCUGCAGAAGGCUCUGCCCUUUAGGAACAAGCCCAAGACCCAGGCAAAGGCAGGCAAGGUGCCGAAGGACAGGCUGCGGCCAGCCGUUGUGCGGGAGCCUCACGAAAGGAAGGUCCUCGCACUGCUGGACGCGCUGAGCACCGUGCAUGGGCACAAGGUGAGGAAGGCCAAGGAGCAGCAGCACCUGCACAACAGAGAGCACUUCAGGCUGAAGCAGAAGGAGGAAGAGGAGAAGUUGAAGCGACAGAAGGACCUCAGGAAGAAGCUCUUCCGAAUUCAGGGUCAGAGAGAAAGGAGAAAUCAGAAGUCCAGCCUGAAGGGACCUGAGGAGCAAUUGAAGUGAGCUGCAGACACAAAGAUUCACUGGGAUCUGCAGAGAGGGCGGCUUCCUGCAUGAUAGUGCUUGUGAAGGACAGGUCAGCAGACUGGAGCCCAUGAAGACUGCUGGAUGUGCUGCCCAGACUGCGUCUUUAAGAGUAGAAAUGUGCUGAUAGGACACCUGUCCAUUUGGAGCAUCUAGGUUAUGCCAGGAUUGAAAGCGACAUAAUUUAUGGUUUUGUAGAUUCACAUUUCUUACCUGUCUCAGUGUAAUUUUUUGUGCUAUAAAAGUAUCAUUAAAUAUUUUCCUGUUAA